GUCAAUAAAGUUGUAUUUGAAGUGACGUCAUCUUCCGCAGAGAGACAGCUGAUGAGCUCGGGUCUCUCGCUCCUUCUGCCAAACUGCUCCUGAAUUCAUCCAGUUAGACCUCAUUUUAAUUUGAUAAAGACAGUCGACAUGUUGCACAGAGACAGAAUACCGCUGCUAUGGGUUUUCCUCCAGGCUGUGCUCGUCGUGGCGUUGGGUUUCUCUGACAUGGAAACGGGGCCUGGUGGUGCAGGUGUUUCGGUCCAACAGCCCAAUGGAGAUCGGUUCAAAAUCGAGGGAAGAGCGGUGGUUCCCGGGGUGAAAACACAAGAUUGGGUCUCCUCGGCCAGAAUAUUCGUGGAAGGUGAAGAGUUCGUGGGCUUUGUGAGAACUGAUGGCAGUUUUGCUGUGAAUGACGUCCCCUCCGGAUCCUAUGUUGUGGAAGUUAUCACCCCUAACUAUAGAUUUGAGCCAGUGCGUGUUGACAUCACAUCAAAAGGCAAAAUGAGGGCGCGUCUUGUGAACUACAUCAAGACCUCAGAAGUAAUCCGCCAGCCAUACCCUCUUCAAAUCAGAGCAAAUGGCCCUCAGACCUAUUUCAUGAAGAGAGAAACCUGGGGAUGGACCGACUUCCUCAUGAACCCAAUGGUUAUGAUGAUGGUUCUUCCGCUGCUGAUCAUCGUUCUACUGCCCAAGGUGGUCAACACUAAUGACCCAGAGAUGAGAAAGGAAAUGGAGCAGUCCAUGAACAUGCUGAACCCCAACCCCGAGCUCCCAGACGUCUCCGAGCUCAUGACCAAGCUGUUCUCCGGCGGCUCCAAGCCCUCCACUAAGGCAGUAACCAGCAAAGGCACCAGGCCGGCUGUGAAGAGGAGGUAGUACAUUAAGUCCUCCUCACUCUGCUUAAAGAAAGAACGAGUUAUGCCGUGGAAGCAAGAUCUUUAAGUGUCAUUUUUUUUUUUUUUUUUUUCCCUCCGGGUCAAUUGUACAGUUUCUCUAUUAUUAGAUGUUUUAAGCACAUCUUGAUUUCUAAUAUGCUAUUGGAGACUGAGAAAAAAAAUAUGAUCUUUUUCAUACUGCACUGAUAGAAAUGUCUGAAACCCUGCAAAGCUGUUUUCCUUCAUUUGCUCUAUACUUUCUACACGUGGCUCUGCUACUCGCCCAUCUUUUCUGUGCUAACCCUCUGGUGUGCUUUUUUUCUCCACUGCUGCUAAUUCUACUACCUGAAAGAAAUCAUAUAUACAGAGAUGUUCAUGUUUUAGUUUUUUCCCAGUGAUAUGACUGAAUGAAUAUUACGUGAAUUUUAAGACUAAUAAAUCCUUAUUUAAAAAAAAAAAAGCCUAGAUAAAUAAAUUUGCAAUGGUAUAUAACAACUGUGUUUUUAUUUCACACCAUCUUUGUUUGAGAGGGAACACAUGGCCUUCUUAUUUUUUUUUUAUUUAUGUGUGGCAUAAUGUAUGGUCAGUAUUUCCAUACUGUACAUUACCACUGCUAAUGGUUUACUAAUUGGAAUGUAACGAUUGCCAGUUCUAAGGAUGAAAGAGCUGUGUGUUUGCUAUUAAAAAAAAUCGCUAUUGUAACUUAACUUUUAUUAAAGAGGAAAUCCUGGUACUGUGCAUUUGUCCUUAUUCUACAUUAGGUAAAGUCCUUUUGUGCAUUGAACCUGUUCAAAUAAAGAAACCUAACGAUUCCCAUUGGAUGACCAAAACCAACAAUGCUAAUCCGUCUCAAAAUAUUUGUUUCCCCAAGCGCAUCUGAUACAUGAAGACAUUU